UCAAGUUUAGAAUUUUGUUGUUGACAUUGCUGGUUCUGCCAAGGCAAGAAUGGCAUAUUCUUCCAUUUCUUCGUCUUCGUAUCCUGUAAGGAUUAUUUGCUCUUUUGGCUUUGGUUUGGUGGGUCUAUUACUUGUCUUGCUGUUGGCACCCACAUUGCAUCAUCAGCCUCGAACCUUUGUUAGCGCAGAAUUCUAUUCAUCUGUCGAUAGUUUAAGGCAAUUGGAUGGUAUCGAGACAUUGUUACUGCAUAGCUUCCGGAAGUAUUCUAAAGGACUACAGGAUGAAAUAUCCACUCUACGAAGAUUUAUGGAACGUAUAAAAUUCCAACACAAGAAGGCGCAGGAGGAUGUGGAGGAUUAUUUAGGAAAUCCCAUCAAUGCUUUUACAUUAAUUGAACGUAUGGUCAGUGAAUGGAGUGAUGUUGGUGAUUUGCUAAAAUUCGAGGAUUCUUACAAAGAACUCACGGACUCACUGACCCAAUUAGAGGAGAACUUUACAUUGCCGGAUGAGAAGGAAUUGAAAGGAGCCGUAUUGGGUUUGGCCAGAUUACAGGAUACCUAUGGCAUUACCACCGACGCUAUGGCCAAUGGAAAGGGCUAUGGUUUGCCCCUAUCCUGGCGCGAAUGCUAUGAACUAGCCACCGUUUUCCGAGAUGAAUCCCGAACCGACUUAGCUUUAGAGUGGCUGGAACAAGCCUAUGACAAAUUGCAGGCUAGCAAAGAGACCAAAGAUGUUAAAACAUAUUUUGGAGUACAAAUAAAAGAAACUCUAGCCCUCAUACACCAAGUCAUGGGAAAUGUGGAAAAGGCUGCACAACAUUUAGAUGACAUUUUAGUGGAUGAGCCUUUGCAUCCCACCAAAUUGACCAAGAAAAUUUUGAGUCGUUACUCACUGGAAACUUUUGAGCCCUACCAACAGAGUGAAACGGACAGACUUCAUGCCCAGUUGUGCAGAGGCGAGACGACAAAAAAACAAAAUUUGAGCUGUUAUUUGGAAUCAUCAUCGCAUCCAUUUUUGACUUUAGCUCCCUUGCAAAUUGAACCCUUGAAUUUGGAUCCCUUUAUAAGGCUCUAUCACAAUGUCUUAAAUGAUAGGCAAAUUGCAGAGUUAUUUAAUUAUGCUGAGGGCAAAAUGUUUCGUUCGAGGGUUUUGAAGACUCCCGGAGAGGGUGAAGUUUCUGAGAUCAGAGUGUGUCAACAAACAUGGUUGAGUCGUUUUGAAAAUCCUGUGGCCGGCAUGAUGUAUCGCCUGCUGCACUCUAUUACCGGCUUUAAUAUUACCAAUGUGGAGUCAAUGCAGUUGGCCAAUUAUGGCAUAGGUGGUCUUUAUGCACCACAUCAUGAUUUUGUUAGAAAUUAUGGUCUGUCUUCAAAUCUUGUGGGAGAUCGUAUUACCACUAGCAUGUUCUAUUUAACCGAUGUUACCGAAGGUGGCUAUACUAUAUUCCCUGAAGUUGGGGUGUUUGCCAAGCCCACUAAGGGAUCCAUGGUGAUGUGGCCUAAUUUGCACAAAUCUUUGGCACCCGAUGUACGCACUCUGCAUGGUGGUUGUCCUGUGCUUAAAGGAUCGAAAUAUAUUGCAAAUAUUUGGUCACGCUCGGGCUUCCAGGAUGUGGCAAUGCCUUGCGGCUUGGUCGAUGAUACUUUUCAACGAAUCGACGAUCUACCAGAAUAGAACUAACAUGAAAUGUAU